CCCCCACUUCCGGGAAUGGGGGCGACCGGGGCCGCCUCGCCACGGCCGACGGCCUUGCCUUGACGUCACUUCCGCGCGCCCAGGUAAACGUCAGUGGUGGGCGCAAACAGCGGCGGUGGGCUUGCUGGUAAAGUUUGGGCUUGGUACCCUCCUCGUGAACCAUGGAGAGUGACUUUUAUCUGCGUUACUACGUGGGUCAUAAGGGCAAAUUCGGCCAUGAGUUCCUGGAGUUUGAGUUCCGACCCGACGGGAAAUUAAGAUAUGCCAACAACAGCAAUUACAAAAAUGAUGUCAUGAUCAGAAAAGAGGCUUAUGUACAUAAAAGUGUAAUGGAGGAACUGAAGAGAAUAAUUGAUGACAGUGAAAUUACCAAAGAGGAUGAUGCACUGUGGCCACCCCCUGACCGAGUGGGCCGGCAGGAGCUUGAAAUUGUCAUUGGAGAUGAACACAUUUCUUUCACAACAUCAAAAAUUGGUUCUCUUAUUGAUGUCAAUCAAUCCAAGGAUCCAGAAGGCUUACGAGUAUUUUAUUAUCUUGUCCAGGACCUGAAGUGUUUGGUCUUCAGUCUUAUUGGAUUACACUUCAAGAUUAAGCCAAUCUAGAUUGAAAAUUGAUGUGGACACAAGGGGGGUUGGGAGUACCUGUUUUUAAUUACCAUUAUCAGGACAUUUUUGUGUAUAUCAGGACAAUAUUUUUUUUAUAAACUAUAAAUGACUGUCUUUAAUAAAUACAUAACAAAAUUGCA